GGCGCGCCCCUUCCGCCCAAGCACCGCUCAGGCCACGCCCCCGCGGCUGGCUCCUGACCCCCGGGUGCCGGGGGAUUGUUGCGUCUGUUUCCCGGACCUGGGACGGUGAGGGCUUGGCGGGCUCUUAGGUUCCCACUGGUCUCCUGCAAGAUGACGGCGUCCUGGGCGCCGUGUGCCGCCUGUGGCUUUCGCCCCGAAAAGCGCUUUUCUUGGCGCUUGGUCGGGUUCCUUUUGGUGGCCCCAGUGCUCCUGAUCUCUCUAAACUCCGAUGCCUGUGGUGAGCCACCCAAAUAUGAAACUAUGGCCUUGAGGGAUAGCCCUAAAAAGUAUUACGAAGUUGGGGAGGAAGUAUAUUAUCAGUGUUAUCCAGGAUACUUAACUCUGCGAUCCGUCGUGACUUAUUGUGAGCAAAAUCACUCAUGGUACCCUCUUGAAGAAGCUUGUUUCAGAAAAGAAUGUAAUACUCCAGGACUCGAAAAUGGUGAAGUCUUUGCCCCAAAUUUCACCUUUCAAUUUGACAGUGAAGCUUACUUUUACUGUAAUGAGGGUUAUUACUUAUCUGGAAAAAAAGCUCUACUUUGUGAACUUCGUGGGGAUGAUGUGUUUUGGAGUGAUGAAUUUCCAAAAUGUUAUAGGAUUUACUGUAAACCACCUGCAAAAAUAAAAAAUGGAAAAUACAGCAAUAGUCACAGAACUAUAUUUGAAUAUAAUGAAUUAAUUACUUUUAGUUGUAACCCUUCACAAGGACCAGAUGAAUUUUCACUUGUUGGAAACAGCAAACUUAUUUGUGUUGACAAUAACAAGUGGAGUAGUAGCCCUCCUGAGUGUAAAGUGGUCAAAUGUGAUUAUCCUGUAAUUGAACAUGGAAGACUGGUAUCAGGAAUCAGAGACAAAUAUUCCUACCAAGCAGUGGUUCUAUUUGAAUGCAUCCCAGGCUUCUAUCUUAAUGGCAGCAACCCAGUGUUCUGUGGUGGGAGAAGUACUUGGGAGCCUGCGAUGCCAAAAUGUAUCAGAGGUUUCAAGCCUACUCAUCCAACCAAACCUCCAGUUUUAAAGUAUCCAGGCUAUCCUGAGCCCAACGACCCACUAACAUUUGAAGACUUUGAGGAAUUAGACGCAGGAAUCAUUGCUGUGAUUGUUCUUACUAUUCUUGUUGGCCUUGCAGUACUUUGCACCUGCCUGUAUAGAUGUUUUCAAAGGGAGAAGAAAGGGGACACCUGGGUGGCUCAGUCGGUGAAGCGUCUGCCUUCGGCUCAGCUCAUGAUCCCAGGCUCCUGGGAUCGAGUCCCGCAUCAGGCUCUCUGCUUGGCGGGGAGCCUGCUUCUCCUUCUCCCUCUGCCUGCCACUCACCCUGCUUGUGUUCUCUCACUCUCUCUGACAAAUAAAUAAAAUUUUUAAAAAACUAAUAAUUUUAGGGCUCUUGGUAUUCAUGGUUUGUGAUAUAUUUUGCCUUUAUAUUAAUCCUCUGGUUUAGGCUAUGUAAAAAAAGUACAUUCGUUACACAUAAAGAACUCAAACUUUUUCUAUUAUUGGUUAUCUUUUUUAAACCACAAUGCCUUUGUUUGAAUCUUCAAUCUUAUAUUUGUAGAACACAUGAUAUGCAUUUUGGAUUUCUCAAUCAGUAGUACAUUUUUUAAGUCACAUAUACACAAUAGCGUGGGUAGGGAAUAUUGUCAGUAGAAUAAUUUUACAAGUCCAAAAGUUUUGUAUAGAAAUAAAUUCUCAAGAAAGGAAAACAAAAUAGCUUUCUGCUCCUUACUUUCCUUUUUUGUUUAAAUUCUCUGCAUCAAAAUACUUACUGGGUCCUUAACAAGUAUUACUCAAACUCUCCCUAGCUACCAAUUAGUGGGUCUUGUAACCUGAGCCUCUCGUUUAACAUGGCAACAUAAGAGGAUCCUGAACUCACCUCCUCUCAUACACAUGGAACCUACAGCUGCAUAUAAAACAGUUCCCUCUGAAAGAAAUCUGAAAACUAACUUGAUGGACUCCUACACAUUGGGUGGAUAAAAAACCCACAUCAAGGGGCACCUGGCUGGCUCAGUUGGUGGACCAUCUGACUCUUGAUCUUGGGGUUGUGAAUUCAAGCCCCACAUGGAGCAUGGAGCCUGCUUUAAAAAACAAAACAAAACAAAAAUGCACAUCAAAAUGGGUAGGAGAGACCGAGAUAGUAGCUCAUCAUAAAAUCCUCCCCAAACGUGCUAACCCACAGUCAGGCGGGAACUCACAACUCUGAGCUUCUUCCUGGAAAGCAAAAUGUUUGAACCCCACAUCUGGCACCCCAUCUUUUAAGACUUGCACCUGAGAGAUAGGUCCACAAAACAUCUAGCUUGAAAGCCAAUGGGGCUUAUGUCUACGAGGCUAUAACGAAUCGAGAAACAGUUCUUAAAGUGCCCAUGUGGAUUUACUUUGGCUAACCCCCCAGGUACAGAGGAGAGGCAGCUGACUGAAACGCCUGGUCUUUCCGUGAAAGAGACCUAUUUGCUUGUGUUAAAAGCUUUGGGCUGAAGGGCAGGUAUCUAAUGUCACACACACCUAGGACCCAACGGAAAUAUUCUUCAAAGCUCAUGGAGGCUGGAGGGCCCCAUCUCCCUCCGGUCCCUCUGCCUGGCUCUCAGCUGCUGGUAUCUUUCAGAAGGGAGCUUGUGCCCAAAUCCGGGGCUCUGAUGUUUAUAGCUGCCACCCAGGGAACACCCCUUGAUCGCCUGGCACUGGGACCAUAACAGAGAAGGAGCUGUUAACUGGCCAUGCCCCAGGACACAGCGCACAGGCAGCAGUCUGAAAUGCGCCCCCAGUCUUUCUGGAAAGGAGGCCUAUUAGCAUAUCUUCGUCGCUGAGGCCUGAGGGACAGGCUUCUAUCGAAACACACGGCUGGCUGUGGUCCUUUCCAGAGACCUCGGAGAGCCCGCGCUAUCUUCCACCGUCCCUCUGCUGGACUCCACAUUGCUAGGAGUUCGUGCACCUGUCUGGUGGCCUGCGGGCCUUACAUCUGCAGGUCACACGGGGCUGUAACAAAUGGAGAAACAGCUGUCAACUGCUGCCCAGUCCAGGACGUAGCACAGAGGUGGCCGACUGAAGUCAUGCCAGUCUUUCUACGACAGGCCUUUUAGCUUAUCUGCAGAGCUGUGGCCUAAGCAACAGGCUUCUAAUGAAAGACACGUGGGGGAGCCCAGGACAAAUCCUUUCCAGAGACUGAAAGACUGACAGGCACCAUCUUCGAACUCUCCUUCUACCCUGCCCCAGGUUGUCCGUGUCUCUGGGAAAGGACCUUAUGUACACGGCUGACACCCCAGCUUUUGUGGCUACUACGCACAGGACACAUCCCCUGAUAACCGGCCCUGGAGGUCGGCGGGACGGUAGCAAAGGAACAGUUCUUAACUGACUGUCACCACAGGGCCCAGUGCAGAGGGAGCACACAGAAACGUCCAUUGCCCAGUGUUCCCCCGAAAGAGGUAUAUUUGCAUGCUUUGUAAGCCGGCACCUGAGCGGCUGGCUUCCAACCAGCCUAUGUGCUGACUGGGAUCUUCCUCUCCAGGACACUGAGCAUUCUUGACACACCCUCAACUCCUGAGAGCCACUGACAACAAAGUAGGCUGCUAGGACAAUCCCAAAGGUUUGAGAGACAACCAAGAGCUAGGGCAGGGUUGAACAGUAAGUUAUAUCCCCUACACCAAGAUGCUGCUUUAGGACUGGGAGAGCUGUUUUAUUGAAUGCCUAGAAACCAACAAGGUCAAGGAAAAUGAAGAAACAAAGGAAUAUGUUCCAAGUGAAAGAACAAGAUAAAGCCUCGGAAAAAGGUCAUAGUGAAAUGGAAUUAGUGAUUUACCUGUUCAUCAAUAGAUGAGUGGAUAAUGAAACAGUGGUACAUAUGCAAUAGGAUAUUAUUCAGCCAUAAAAAAAAGGAGGAAAUCUUGCUAUUUGUGACAACAUGGAUGGACGUAGAGGGCAUUUUGCUAAGUGCGGUAAGACCGAGCACACAAAUAGCAUAUGAUCUCACUUACAUGUGGUCUCUUAAAAAAAAAAAAUACAACAACAACUAGAUACAGGGAACAGAUUAGUGGUUGCCGAGGCGGGUGGCAGGGGUGGGUGAGAUGGGUGAAGGAGGUCAAAAAGGUACAAACUUCCAGUUACAAAGAGGUCACAGAAUGUAAUGCACAGCAUGGUAAUAUGGUUAAUAAUACUGUAUUGUAUAUUUGAAAGUUGCUAAGAGUAGAUCUUAAAAGUUUUCAUAACAAGAAAAAAAUAUUUUAACUGUAUGGUGAUGGAUGUUAACUAGAUUUAUUCAUGGCAAUAAUUUUGCAGAUUUACAAAUCUCACAUGAUUGUGUUGUAUACCUAAAACUAAUAUAUCUAAAUUAUACCUCAAUUUUUCUUUAAAAAGGGCAAACAAUAUGAAUACACAUUCUUCCAAAGAAGACAUAGAAAUUGCCAACAGGUGUAUGAAAAGAUGCUCAACAUCACUAAACAUCUGGGAAAUGCAAAUCAAAACCACCAAGAGAUUAUCAUCUCACAACUGUUAGAAUGGCUAUUGUCAAAAAUAUAUGACAGUAGUUGGCGAGGAUCAUGAAAAAGGGGAACCCUUGUGCACUAUUGGUGGGAAUGUAAAUUAGUGUACCAUAUGGAAAAUAGUAUGGAAGUUCCUGAAAAAAUUAAAAAUAGAGUUAACUUACCCAUCAAUUCCAUUUAUGGGUAUUUAUCUUUAUUUUAUUUUAUUUUUUUUUAAAGAUUUUAUUUAUUUAUUCAUGAGAGACAGAGAGAGAGACAGAGGCAGAGGGAGAAGCAGGCUCCCCGUGGAGCAGGGAGCCCGAUGAGGGACUCGAUCCCAGGACCCUGGGAUCAUGACCUGAGCCGAAGGCAGACGCUUAACCGACUGAGCCACCCAGGCGUCCCUAUGGGUAUUUAUCUUAAGGAGAGGAUAUCACUGUUUUGAAAAUAUGUCUGCACACCAGUGUUCUUUGCAACAUUAUUUACAAUAAGAUACGAAAAUGACCUAAAUGUCCAUCAAUGAAUAAAUGGAUAAAGAAAAUAUGGUACAUAUAUAUAUAUAUACACACUGUUAAAUGAAAAUAUGGUGUCUGUGUAUAUACUAUAUAUAUAUUAUGGAAUAUUGUACAUAUAAAUAUAUAAUGGAAUAUUAUAUAUAGUUGUAUAACCCAUUAUAUAGAUUCCAUCAUCUGAUGAUAUAUUAUCCAGUCAUAAAAAAAGAAAUCCUGCCAUUUGUGACAACAUGGAUGGACCUUCAAGCAUUAUGCCAAGUGAAAUAAAUCAGAGAAAGACAAAUACUUUAUGAUAUCACUUAUAUGUGGAACCUUAAAAAAAUGGACUCAUAGAUACAGAGAAAAGUUUAGUGGAUGCUGGAGAUGGGGCGGGGUGGGGAAGGAUGGGGUAAAUGGGUGUUAGUUGCAUUGAGUGAAGGUGGCCAAAAGGUACAGACUUCCAGUUUGUAGGAUGUACUGGAUCGCUGAGAUUUAAUUUACAGAAUGGUGACUAUAGUUAAUAAUACUGUAUGACACGUUUGAAAGUUGCUAAGGGAACCCAUCUGUAAAGUGUUUGUCACACACACACAAUAUAUGUGUAACUGUGUGGUGAUGGAUGUUAACUAAACUUAUUGUGAUCAUUUUGCAAUAUGUACGUUUCUCAAAUUAUGUGUCCAUCUAAAGCUAAAACAAUGGUCUAUGUCGAUUAUCUUUCAAUUUUUUUUAAAGGCCAUACGUUACCACUUACCAUCCAAAUUUUCUUUGUAAACAGAAAAUUGCAAUAAUAAAAUUUUAAAAUAUUUUCAGAAAAUAUAUCUUUAACCAGUGCAAUGUAAUUAAUUCUAUAUAUAAUAGCAUAAUUUGGAGGGAAAAGAGUUAAAAAAAUAGUGUGCGAGGGGAAAUUCAUAAAUGCCUAUGAGCUAAUUUACAAAGUAUAUAGAAAUCUUUUAGGAUAUAUAUUACCCCUUUCCUGACAGGAACAUACUCAGUUAGAAAUUCAGUAUUAUAGAAUGGCUUUAAUCAAUUUUAGAUUCUCUAUAGAUUAUUUCACGUCAAGACAUCGAACUAUCUUAUCUAACUCUUUAGGUUCUAUGUUGUUUCAAAGCUGAAGUCUCUCUAAUGCGGGUUGGUGGUAUACCUUUCUCCUUUAGAAUCUAGAGCAAUGCUUCUCUAAUGUUCAUGUGCACACUAAUCACCUGGGAUCUUGUUAAAAUGCAGAUUCUGAAUCAUUAAGUCUGGUGCAGUGCCUGGUGUUUUCAGUCUAUCAUGAGCGCCCAGCGAUGUUGCUGCUCCCCUGGGCUACACUCUGAGUAACCAGAGGGGCUGGCUUUAUGGAUAUGCUCACAUUCUUGAAAUUUGAAGAAACACCAUAAAGCUUGGAAAAAUUUUUCUCCUGUUCAAGAUAAUUGGACUUUUUAAAGAUUUCCUAUGAGUUUGUUUUGAAAGAGAGAGGGCUAAUCUUUACCUUUACUUGCUGUGUUUAAAAAAGUAAAGAUUUCUGUUAGAUUCUUUGCCCUGCUUAAUGUCCCUCACCUUCCUCCCUGAAACGGAGUGGUGUUGCCUUAGAAACUUCCUUAUGAAACUGUAAAGUAUGCAGUAACUGCUGUAUUCCUAGGGGGUAGCUCUGGAAGCAGGGCACUAGGCACAGACCGUCCCAAAUUGCUGCCAAAACUUGGUACAAAAUGGAUUUUGAUUUAAACUUGUAUUUGUGAUGACUUGGGAACACAGUUACCCUUCCGUGACCUCCAUCCCACAGUACAAACAUCGUGUAAGUCGUCAUUUUUCAGGCCAUCAAACGGCUCUGAACGAUUUGAUGAACGUGGCCCCACGCUGAAGGGUUCUGCGAGAGUUGUCUGUUCCUUAGUCGUGAAAUGGGCCCACCCACACACCUCUUCCUCUUUCCUUCCGGUUUCCUUUCUUACCUCAUUUGCUGCCAUACUUUCUCAUCCGGGGAUCAUCGGCUCUUUCCUGGUGCUUUGCUACUGCUUGAGUCCUGUCUGGCUUGGCAAGACUGCGCAGCUCCAGAAAACAGAUGCCUUUGCUUGACAGCAGUGUGUUCACCUACGGGUGGUGAUUUUCGUUGCAUAAAUGUAUGAUUCUCUCUACUCUGGUGACAUCAUCCCUGGAGAAGCGAGAGUUUGCUGAAGUCCAUUAGAAUUAUUUACAUACUUUAUGUGUUUUAUUACCGGUGACUCAAUAGUUCUCCUGGUUUUUUUCUGUUAAGAAUAUUUAUUAUUUGGUAGAACUUAAACCUAUUUUUAUAAUAAUGACUGAGCCAGUAACUUUGUAAUUUUUAAGCCAUCAGUUCUUAAAUGAAGGUUAUAGAGGUUGGGGAUUCACUCCAUCGAGUGGCCAGAUCAGGCAGCGGGGAGCGUAGCGACAUGGGGCAAACAACCGAAGGCUCAGAUCAACUUGAACGGUUUUCUACUUGGCUCUCCAAUUCUUGAGCUUUCAACAAGCUCUUCAAAAUAUUUUAAACAACCAAUAAAUAAGAAAGGAUUUCUUAUGAGAUAUCAGGUAAUAAGUUUUACAGAACUCUUCCCUCGGCGGGAAAGCAGAUGUGCCUCAGGAAGAGACUGUACUCAGUGCAUCUGAAAAUGUCUGCCUUGUCAUAAAAUUGACUUCUCAGACAAUAUUGGAUGCUGUGGGUAUUCCCUCUAAAUUUAAGGUGUGAGUGACAAGGACCCUUUGUCCUCACAGAGAGUUUACAUUAUUCGCAUCAGGCUUAAUGGUUUCAGGGGUAAACAUUGCACAGAAAUUUAAAAUCAGUUCAAGUGCAGGGAAGAAAAAUGUCCUUUUUUAGAAGUCAAAAUACAUUUUACUUAAUUUUGUAAAUGCAAUCCACUUCAACUCCUAAGUAUUAACUCUGUAAUGGUAUUUAUUUGUUUUCCAUUACCAGAAUAUUUUUAGCAUAUGAAAGAAACCAACAAAGUUUAGAUUUUGAAAAACUGAAUUGCAUUGCCUUAGACCCUUUGAGCCUCACUGCCCUCUGUCCUAAUGAAAUGAAUUGGAAGUGUUCCUACCUUUGUGCCAGAAUGUGUGUCUACACAGCGGGGAAGAGAGGAGAUAUGUAUCCCCCUACUUAUAAUGUGAGGUGCUAUAGUCAGGAGUUUGGGAGCAGACUACACAGGCCAAUUAGGAAGGGCCAUUUCUUGGUAAAAGCAGAGUGGUGUCUUGGGUCACAGGAGCAAAGGGGAAGAUGGGACAUACCAACUGAAGUGGCAGUAGGGGCCUCCCCAGUCCUGUGAAUCUUCCUGGUCUCUUAGGAUUCCUUUGAGGCUAAAGCCAACCAGGAAGGUAGAUUUCAGUCUGUCGUGAGCUCCAAGGUGUCUGUAAACAUUGGAAGGUCAUAUAAUGGAUGGUGAAGGUAAUAUAAGACAUCUGUAAUUAGUAAUCCAGGGUUAGAUGUUCACCAUCUUUAUUUAUUUAUUUAUUUUUAAAAGAUUUUAUUUAUUUAUUUGAGAGAGAGAGAAAGAGCACAUGAGAGGGGGGAGGGUCAGAGGGAGAAGCAGACUCCCUGCUGAGCAGGGAGCCCGAUGCGGGACUCAAUCCUGGGACUCCAGGAUCAUGACCUGAGCCGAAGGCAGUCGCUUAACCAACUGAGCCACCCAGGCGCCCUGAUUUUCACCAUCUUUAAAUUGCUUCGUUGUUCUAUCAAAUAAGUGUUUCCUAAAAGUUAGGUGAAUCCUUUUUAUCUUUCUCCUCUCUUGGAUUCUAUUUAAAAUUCUAUUAUAAGAAAAGGAUUCCACCACCACACAAACCAAAGAAGUACUGACUCCAAAAAGUGGAAAAAGAUGGCAGUCUCAGAGAAUUCACUGAUAGUCCUAACUCACAAUAUAAAAUGGCUCCCAGUAGUCUCAGGAAAUUGCUCGAUCACAAGUGUAUUUUUGUGACGGUGGUGUCUCACGUGAUGGCGUCCCCCAGAGAAAGAAGUACUAGGGUAUCCAAAACUGACAUGGUUAGCUGUUAGGUUGGGUAGGCAUCCCUGAAGGGGUCACUGGGCCACGCGCACUGGUGAACCACUGACUCAUCCACGGUGAGUUUUCAUCUGUCCGUUCUAGUCAUUUUACUAAGGCAGGGACUAGACCUGCGUUUUCCAAUUCAAUAGUCGAUAGUCCCGUAUGGUUACUGAGGACUUCCCAGUGGCUAGUCCUCUGUAAGUUGGCCUGUAAGUGUAAAAUACACACCAGCCUUUAAGACUUAGUACAAAAAAUGUAAAAUAACACGUAUAUUGGGUUAAAGUAAAAUAUAUUUAAAUUAACUUCACUAGCUUCUUUUAACUUUUUUUAAAUGUGGUUUCUAAAAAAUGUAAAGUUACCCAUGUGACUCAUAGUAUAUUUCUUUGGAAAGCAUCGGGCUAGAAUAACAGGUUUUAGAAAGAUGUCUAUUGUUACCAUAAAACUGUGAUGUUACCCUUAGUUAUUUAGGAGACUCUCUUAGUGAAACAUGGUUUCUUUGACUGUGAGGGCUAAAUGGGGCAUUAUUGAGCUUGAAGGCUGGUAGAAUUGUUACCUUCUCAAAAGUUUCAUGUCAGAGCCAGAUUUAAAAUUUCAGUAAUAGGAAAACAAGUGUUUCUCUCCAGUCUUUGCCAUUAGCCCUCAUUUUAAUUUAAAUGAAAUCUUUACUAAAUACUUUGUAUCAUACUGCUCUAUUCCUUGUUUUGAAGAGAAUCAAAAACACAACACAAGGAUAGGACAGUUUCUACACAGACUAGCUGAACAUGUGAAAGAGUCAUUUACUUUCUAGAUCAGGAACUUUGCUACUAUAAAUAUGUUUUUAAUUGUACAUUUUCUAAAUGGGCCUCUGGAUUUAAUUUCUAUACUUAACUGAUGUUUUCUGGAUAAGUUGCCCUUUAGGGAAACAGAGGUUGGAGGUGAAUAUACCACUUACCUGAAUAAAUCAAUCACUGAGGCAGAGCAGAUGCACCAAAUGGUUUCCACAAACCAGUGCCUCAGUUUAUCUUUUGAUCCAAUGAAAAUCUUAAGGUCUAUCAAAGUUAUUCUCUAGUUCUUGUACUUUCAUGAAUGCAACCACUGAGCCAUAAGGCUGACAUUUUAAUAUGGCUUGAAUGUAGUCACCGUCCUUGGAUGCUGCUUUGCACUGUGGAUGAAUUUGGGUAUGAACCUCUGGCCUGUUUUCCCUUGAAUUAAACUCGCACUUAUAGGACAACUCGACACAGUAUCCCUGGCAGUAUUUAGGCGGGGAAAUAAUUUUUAAAAUAAGUCUCUGUAUUUAGAGAACUAUAGUUCAAAAUGAAUUAUUUGUUCUAUCAAAUAAUAGACUCUUUGAGCCUAUAGAAAAGAAAAUAAAGAAAGUGAUUUUAAAUCCUACUUGUUCAAAGAUUAAUGCCAAGUCUUAAGACUCAUUCUUCCGGCAUCUCUAAGAUGUAUUUUAUAUAUUGUUUAGUGUUAAGUGCCUUUACAAAUAUGUGUAUGCUACUUCAGCCCUUAAACAUUAAAAACAGGAACGCUGCAUAUUGGGAUUUUUUAACAAGUUUGACUUCCUUAGCUAAGAAUAUUAUUGGAAAAUGCUCUAAAGGGGAUAGAAUUCUAUAUUUUUAUUCAAUUAGCCAACAUAUAGUACAUCAUUUGUUUUUGAUGUAGUGUUCAAUGAUUCAUUAGUUGUAUAUAACACCAAGGGCUCAUCACCACACGUGCCCUCCUUAAUACCCAUCACCCAGUUACCCAAUUCUCCCCGACCCCCCUCCCUUUUGUAAUCCUCAGUUUGUUUCCCGGAGUCCAGAGUCUCUCAUGGUUUGUCUCCCUCUCUGAUUUCUUCCCAUUUAGUUUUCCCUCCCCUCCCCUGUGGUCCUCCGCUCCAUAUUUUUUUUUUUUUAACUAUUUGUAGCUUCUUGGUGAUUUAAGGAAUACCAUAAAUACCAUACCACUAUAAAGUGUAUGGUAUUUGUGCUUUACUUUUUAAAACAUCGAUAAGCAGGGGCACCUGGGUGGCUCAGUUGGUUAAGUGACUGCCUUCGGCUCAGGUCAUGAUCCUGGAGUCCCUGAAUCGAGUCCCGCAACGAGCUCCCUGCUCAGCGGGGGGUCUGCUUCUCCCUCUGACCCUCUCCCCUCUCGUGCCCUCUGUCUCUCAUUCUCUCUCUCAAAUAAAUAAAUAAAAAUAAAAUAAAAUAAAAAAAAAUAAAACAUCGAUAAGCAGUCUGCAUGAGGCAUUCAGAAUCUAUUGCAAACUCCUGAACGACAUCACGGAGCCCUCGCUCUCAUAGCAAGAAUUCGCCCGCUGGUGCUAGAGUGAACACUGUGGCCUUGCAGUUUCCCUAAGAGGAUUCUGCUCUUUGGGAAAAUUAGAUUCCACUCUGAAUUCUGGCAAUGGGUCCUCUUCUCCCCGUACUUGAAUAAAGAGAAGUCUUACUUUAGACAACGUCGUGUAAAUGGGGUGAGUUUUGCAGGAACGUAUCCAUCAGAUAAGCUCAGGUUGUAUCAGAAUCUGAGUGUUUAGGUGCAUCUCACCUUAUGUGCUGACAGCAGAGUAAAAAUUAAGCCACAUAUUUCAGAGAAGGAAACGGUGCCUGCCGUUGCUCGUGCAAAGGGACAGAAAAAACCAACAGCUGAGGUAGCACCGAAUGCUCAGCUGGGACAGACUGUGGCCUCUGCAUCCUCACCCCAGGCAGGGUCUCCUUUGGAGAAGCCCAGGGGGGACGGCCACUCGAACUCCCAUGACACUUUUACAAGUUUCGUUUUGCACUUUUCCGUUCAGUAGCGCAAAUUAGGCCAAAGAAACGUUGCCCGGAGAAGGAUAUGGUUGGGAAUCAAGCGUGGACCAUGUUUGUGAUGCACUGUAAGUGUUCCUUCCCUGUGGGAUCCGGGGGGGACUUGGGGAAGAUGAGCUUGAGCAGAAGCAGGAAUUCAGAAUUCAGUACGGAGGUGAAGCUGUACCAGCCCCACUGUCGUAUACUUUUCAGGGAUGUAGCACUUGCUUCGAAGCAAGGGAUGGCUGUACUGUUUAUUUUUAACCAGCCGAAUUGAAUAUUUGCCAACCAAAGAUUGUUAGGCUUUCGAAAAUAAAUGGACUUGUAUAGUAGUUUCUGCUUCAAAUUUAGUUUUUUCAUUUUAGUAGAUUUAUAUGGGAAAUUGAUACAAAUGUGUAAAUAUAAAUUACGCUCUUUGUCAAACAACUUGUCAAUUACCUAACAUAAGGGAAAACAGUUUUCUCUAGGAAAGUUUCUGUAACGACAUAAAAAAGCAUAUGUAUAUUUAAAAGUUUGUUAAAACUGUAAGAAUGUAUUUGCAGUGAAAUGAGAAGUCCCAUGUAUCGGGGUCUGUAUUGUUCAUUUUGUAUUGAAGGUUCACCGGACCUUCAAAUGUUGUAAAAAAUAAAAUGUAGAUUGGAGAAUU